AUGUAUUAUGCAAAAGAUGAUCCCGAGCGCAGCACUAAUAAAGCCUUUUAGAUUUAUGGAGAUUUUAGGGGAUGGGAUUGUGCAAACAGUCCCACUCACUGACAGACCAGUGCAGAGGCAGAGCAUUGGACAGCAGGGGUUGAAUCGAGGAGGUGGGGUCUGUCCCAUGUCGGCUGUCUGAUGGAGAGAAGAGGGGCACUGCACAGUGGUAUGAAAAGACAGAGUGCUACGCAGAGUGAGUGAGAGAGAGAGAGAUAGACUGCAGGCAUGCAGCGACAGAGCUGCAUGUAUGUUUAAAGAGGCUGCUACAGAGUGGGCUGCUGAUGAGGUAAGAAGCUCAAACAUGGCAUGCUAAAAGAAAGCAGCUGUGCACUCCUUUUCUGCUGUUGUUAUGAAUGACUGUUCGUGCUCGUUGUUUGCAGAAUGCUGUGGUUAAUAACCUAGUUGGAGUAUUUUUCAUACACAGUGUUUGCAUUAAUAUGCUCACUCCACAAGCAGGGAUUCAAGCUACCUACUGAUGAUACCCUAGCAGUGCGGUUACAUUGAUUGUGCUUUGAAUUUAAUGUACCUUUCUUUUUUCUCCAGGUCUGUAAAGCAUGAUAUCCAAAGAGACCCGAAGUUAGAGAUCUGUCAAACAUGUGAUUGGAUAACACCCCUCAAGACCUUUGUCAUGUGACUCAGUGGCGGAGUUGGUAGACCCUCGCCAUGCUCUCUCUGUGGAAUCUUUAUCUUCUCCUCUCCCUGCCCUCACUUCUCUCACUUCAUGUCAUUGCCUUCACUAAAGAGAUUAUUCUAGAAACAGGGCAGCCGGACAGUGACAAAGGAGCACACCAUCUCACACAGUCCUUACCUCAUGGUUUUGGUACAGCAGGGGACCCCGAGUUUGGAAAUAACUUCCUGGGUCAACCUUUGAGCUGGUCCUUAUCAUCAUCAUCUGAGGAAUCAGAUAGGCAAGGUGUUAUUGGUGAAUACACUGAUAUACUGGAGAGCACAGAGGAGCCUGUUUCGUAUCCUAAUGAGAAAGGACUGAUCAUAUCCAGCCCAACAAAUGGUGCAACAAAAGACGCUGCCUUGGAGGACAGCGCACAAACAACAAAGUCGACAUUAAAGUAUCUACCAGCCGAGACCAGCACUGAGUUGAUAUUUCAUUCCUCACAGGCUGGAAAAAAUCUGCCAACUUUUUCAUCAUCACAGAGAGAGACGUCAGAUGGCAAGUCACCUUUGUUUCUGUCUGGCUCACAGGACUUCCCGAUAUCAACCACCACACCUGGGUCAAGUCCAGGGCUCCCCACUCCACAAGUGUCCACUGAAACUUUGGGAUGGACUGCAAACCCUUCUGUUGUCACACUAGGACAGACACAAGAGGGGACUGUCCAGUCAAAAGAGACCGGCGCUGGACUGACUGAUGUUACAGAGCAGAAUUUGCAGAGCGGAACUGUCAGAACAGAGACAGUCAAAGGUAACGGUUCUUCCUUCACAUUUAUAAAACUAUUUCUGACAUAAUUUUUCACACCAGUUGUAAAUGAUCACAUUUAUUUUUCCAAGAUCAAAGAGGAGAAAACUCUGUGGCUCUGUUUGACUGCAGAGUUUGUGAUAUGUAUUCUGCUGGCAGACACACUUGUUUUAUAUUCAGACUGGAUUUUGGCUCCAAGCCUUCACACCAUUCAAACAGAUUUUUUAGUCCUUCACCUCCUCUCCCUUUUUAUGCUCUAAAGAUUCACAGUUAAACCUGCAUGUCCAGUAUUUACUUGAAACACACACACACACAAACAAGAUGUCAUUCACUUGUCAAAUAAACGAUGUGUUGUGUCCACAGCCACCAGGGGUGAAAGGUUAAUACAGACCUGUGUGACAUUAACCUUUGCAUUUAUAAGUCGACAUAGUUUCUGCCAAAGUGUGUUGUUUCUUGUGUUCAAAAGGAAAAAGCAAGUUAUAGUGUUUUCCAAAUAGUGCGGUGAACACAGUGUUUGAAGGUCAGUCAAUGUUUGCUUUAGAAAUGUGCAUUAACAGAAUAACUUUACCACGAAUGGAUGAACAGGAAUACAGUCCAUUUAGAGGAAGUGUUUCUCUGUUUCUGUUGGCUGCAUACAGUUUACUUUGAACGUGUUUUACUCAGAAUGAGAUGCCUCUAUUAUUUAGAGGUUACACAACCUCAGUCAGACAUGAUUGUCAAACAUUUCUGUAUUUCCCAAUAAUAUAAGAACACCUUUCAACCAUACUUAACGUGAGCCUCGAAAAAUGAGAGCAGCAACGAGGUCAAUACUGGCUAAUCAUCACACAUCCCACUCUUUCUUUUUUUAUGAACACACACGCAUGCACACACUGUGUACUUAUGCUCCCGCUCUCUCUGACCCAGUUAGACAUUCCCAGUAACAUGCCUGCUCUGUUUUAUUAUAGAUUACCGUCAUACGUUUCUGACUCUUCUCUACGCUCCUCUUAGACAAUAAAAGAUAAUUACUUUGGGUUUUUUUUUAAAGUUGUCUUCAUUGCAAAAUGCUAAUGAAGAACUGAAGGCAAAGAAAUGGAAUAUGAGGGAACAUAAGCACAUGCAAAGUGAGGCUAUAUUUUGAGCUAGUAACUGCAUGCUAACAGACUCUGUUGUCCUGCUGGUAAUGUUCAGAUUAUUUACCACCUUGAUUUAGUGUGUAGACACAGUUUGGCCUUAAUUCAAACCUUAAAAUCUUUCUUCACAUUUGACACAAUCCGGGGGUAACUGAUGUCUUUUUUUGUACUUGGUUUACAGAUAAUCCAAAGGAUGACAGGUCACAGACAGUUGGCACACAGUUGCUCGAUGGCAACAUAGACACAACUGCCACACCCUGCAAAACAUCCAAUCAGUCCCUGACGCCCACCUUCCCUGAGGAUCUUAUUCCUAAUGAAUCCCUUCGCCACUCCCUGGCUCUCACCUCCACCCUCUUUGUCCCUCUGUACUCAGACUGGAACUCUGCCCUCGCCACAUGGGGAUUUGCGUGGGAAGCUCACAUCUAUGGCCUCGGGGCUGUGUUCGCUGUAUUUGGCCUGAUCUCUGUGGUCUGCCUGUUGGGCUUGCCCUUGCGAUGUCCCUCUGGAAGCCCCUUCUUCACCUUGUUGCAUUUGUUUCUCCUGUCUUUCGCAGGGAUUCAAGCUUUCUGUUUGCUCUACGAUGCUUAUAAUCAACAAGACCGUCUGCCUCCUCUGGUCUCUCUGUUGCUGUCUGAGUUGCUCUACCCUUGUCUGAUAUCAGCCUUUACUCUGGCGUUUUUCCUCCUCUCUUUCCGCUCACGCAAACAUCUUUCGCUGCCUCUUGCUAAUUCCACCUCAUUCUCCAUCUUACCCAAACCUAGCUUGUUGUUGUGCAUGAUCCUGUUGCACAUUACUGUGUCUCUUGGGAGUGUUGGCAUGCUCCAGCUCUUCCACAGCCUCCCCAGCGUGAUCUUGCUGCUUCCUCAGGGUUUGUUUGUGUGUCUCUCCAUCUUCCUCUCAUGCUAUUACCUCAUCUUUUUCUGCUUGAUGCAAGUCAACACAAAACACAUCUACAGGCUGAAUGACAAUAUAGAAAGUGGAGGAUCUCCUGAAGUCAUGCGACCUGCAAGUGCCCCCUUUGCCAAAGAGGAGGACUGGGGUAGGGCAGCAGGAGCAGGUUUAGGGGCUUCAUUGUGUUUGUUGGGAUGUGGAGGCUUCCAGCUGUACGGGAUCCUGCAUGCCCUUGGUUUUGGAGGGGUUGAUGGGUAUGGGUUCCAACCCUGGCCCUGGUGGGGCUUCCAGGUAGGCUGCAGGAUCUGCGAGGUUGGGGUAUGUCUUGGUUUGUCUCUAAUUGGUACUCACCCUCUGUUCUGUCAAAAUAACUCCUCCAUCAAGACCAUAUCGCAUCCUCGACCAGGAACUUGGUCUCGCCUCUCCUGCAGCUCCCCCUCUCAAAGACUCACCCUGCCCUCUGACAAGGGUGCACAUUCCUCUGUCCACUCUUCCAAUGAGUCCUGGUCCCAGAGUAAACAGGAAAACCUGGUUGUCUGUGAUGUAAUCUCCAAAGGACAAACAGAAACUUUACCCCUUUUUUCAAUGGUGGAUUCUCCAGGGAAUGGACUGGACUGUGACCCCAAGUCCAGUCGAGUCUGUAACACUGUACUGCCUCUACCUACACCCCCAAGCCCACCGCACAGGCCUAAACCUGCAGUUGAGUCUCAGAUAUCCUCACUGGAUAGUCUAAGACCAGACUCUGACUCUACUGUGGAUCUGCGGCCUCCAUCUCCAAUUAACUUGUCACGCAGCAUCGACCAAGCCCUGUUUAGUGAAUCCCUCUUCUCUCAAAGUAUCUUUGGUACGCCAAGACUAUUUCAAACUUCAUCAAGCCUCUCCUUGAGCUCCCCUAGCCAAGGCACAUCAAAGCAAGGGCCAAGCGCCAUGGAAAAUGCCCUCUACCGCACAUCUUCCUGCGGAGACGCUGAUCAAGAGAACCUGUCCCUUUCGAGGCCCCCCCAGUCACAUCGCUCUCAUGGCAAGUCACCAGAGUCAUCACAGCAAUGGGAUUCCAAAGGGAGUAUCUCUGGUUCAACCCAGGAACUGUGCAACAAUUCUAAGGACAUGGGAAAGUUGCGAUCACACUCCUGGGCCAACAGAGGUCAGAACUUUGCUCAGAGCAGCCUCCCAAGAGCAAUCCCUCACCUGUCUUACCACAGGCGUUACCGAACCCUGAGCCUGGCCUCCCAGGACAGUCAAGGGUCUGGCCGGCUGGCAGGGACUAAACAGCUGAGUGAGAGCAAACAGCUGGAAUGGGAUUUGGCUGUUCAGGCAGAGUUCGUCAAUGUGUGCAGACAAAUUGAUGCCCUGAGUGUGUGUAGUGACACCAUUGAAUUGUAGAACUUACACAAGUUCACUCAUGGAUCAAAAUGCAGCUCGCUCCAAAUAGAUGAGGUAGUGGUGUAAAACUGUACAUUAUCAAGUAUACAAAAAAGGAUAACUACAUGGACUAAAGGCAAUUUCUAUAAGAGUUUUAAAGUUAUUGUUGUAUGUAUAUCUCCCUUGAUCUGAAGGGUCAUCCAUAUAUUUUUUCCCCAACAAAUAUUAACUAGCUCCUGUUUUUGCAGUCCCAAUGAAUGUAAAUGGAGCUUUGAUGAUGUAUAAUUUACAAAGUGAGCUUUUUACGUUGGGUACGAUCCUGCUAAAAGAAAGGUUUGAUGUUCUGCGGUUGUUGAACAGUUGUUAUUCCAACAGUGGGGAGUGGAAAAAAGACUUGAAAUAAAAGUAGCCAUUUUAAUCUGUUCCAAAUGUGUGGAAUGAUACUAAAUCCAAACUCAGCUGGGAUAAAGAGAAAAAUAGUCAAUCUGUAGUAAAAAUGCCCAAUCUCCGAAUAGUUCUGUGAAUAAGCGAAGAAUACAAAAUACUUCCCUUGUUAAAAUGACCUUUAUUAAUACAACACUAUUUACAGUAAAUAUAAAUCAGGGGAUAGGUGACAGAGCUGGACAGCUGUUUGCUCUGUAGUUUCUGUAACCAUCAAGACAGAAAAUUGUAAAAUAAGUUUGUUAACCAACAAAGUAGCUCAUUUAGCUGUUGUCAGGUUAAUACUACGUCACUGUAAGAUUAAGAAUCAAUCACAGAGCUACAAUUCAUGUUUUAAAUCAAAGACAUUGAGUACUUUCAUGACAAAAAAAUCAAGCACAAAAGAAACCAACAUUGCCUACAACUCUGAAAGGAAAGAUAUUGAACUAGAGCUUUUCACCUAGCUCACAGCUCUAUUUCAGUGACCCACAAUUUUAUUUUUGCUUUUCAAAAUUUGAGACAAAAAUAGACAAAAAACAAUCUACAUGUACAUUCAAUAGUCAUGUUUUUAAUUUUCAUUAUAUUCUAUUUAUUAUAUGACAUUUAUAUCAUAUUUAUUGCAAAAUUAAAUUGUGGAAGAUCUCCAUAUGUCAAGCCAAUCUGACUUAUUUGUAUUAUUUCUACAAACUCGGGGAUGAUUUGAUCAGAUUACUAGAACUUAAGGUGUGGAAAGUCUCCUGUCUUUAAAACUCAAACAUUUUUCAUCCAAUAUUUUGGUUCCGGAGAAGAUAAAGAUAUUAUAAAUAUUUGCUCCUUUAAGGCUCUCUUAAGUAUAAACUCAUAUUUAUCGGUUAAGGCUGGUGCUAAGCUUAUGUCCCCUCUGCAGCAGUGCAGCACAUACAUACAUCCAUUCAAUGACACUGAAUGUGCUUCAGCCACAUUUAACUACUGCAUUGUGAGGAUGAUGACAACAUAAUGUGCUAUAUAGUUAAUUUCCUCCUGAGUCAGUAAGCUUUACACACAAGAUUGCAGGCAAGAAAAUGGUGUGUCUAAAUAUAAUCAUGUCACUUCACAUUUCUGGAGUCUGCUCCCACUAUCAGAGGAUCGCUGUCUCACAGCAAUUUAAUAUUUUUUGUCUUUCCUUUUAAACAAAAUGAUUAUUUUAAAUCUGCAAGGUUUUUUGUGCAUUCCUCUGUACCACGGAGAAAAAGACUACUUCUGCAAUUGAACCUUGAUCCUUGAGUGGGAAAUGAAAAGUGUGCUUGUUUGAAAGGAUCAACAGAAAAGUUAAUGAUGUUACCCUUGCUUCACGUUGUCUGCACAGAGGGAAAAAACUGAUGAAAGAGUUCAUGUGCAGUCACUUUCAAUAAUCUACGUUACUGGUGUUAUUGCUACUUUUAUAUGUGGUCAGAGGGGGGAAACAAAAGAAAGCAGAUUGUGAAGUGGAUUUUGACUGCUUCCUCAUUGUAGUCUGAUCACGUGCGCCCACUGCAUCUGCUCAGAGUUGCCGGGGUUGGUACGUUAGGUAGUGAUCGAGGGUUUCCUUUUCCUGCACCCUCAGUAAAGCCGCUUCUCGUAACUACACAGGAUAAAAAAAUAAAAAAUAAUUAGCAUUUUCUGUGUCAGGAAAGUGUUUUACCCCCACAAGAACUAGCUUGGGUGGGGAAGAUUAAACAGAAGAGAAAGAUAGGAAUGUGAUGACCAGAUGGAUGUACUUACAUGGCACAAAAGAAUAUCUAAUGUGAUAGCAUGGGUUAGAAAAGAGGAAGAGAGAAGACAAAUUUGAUGCUACCAAGUAAACAGCAGUCCAUUUGACAGCAAGAAGGUUUCUCACUGAGAGACUGAACACAGAUGGCACUUUGACACAGAAUGUUAGUUUCAUUACUGUUUUUUAAGCAGCCAAGGAUCAGGGGUCAGACUUACGAAUGUAGGCCGUGGACUCCCCCCUCCAUCUGGGCCGACAUGGUUCUCUUCUCAAACUUCAGCUCACCGGAGUACAUCAUUGACCUGGUACAAAAAAAACCCCGACACUGUUCAUGUACGUCAAAGCACCAGCACAAGUAAAACCUUUGACAACAUGAAAACUGGAUGUAGUCUUACCUUAAAAUGGACAAACUUUUUGCUCCUAUAUCCUGACAGCCAUGUUGGAUACCAGCUAUGAGAUAAGGAACGAACUUGUGGAUGGAGCCUUUAUCUUGGACUGAUCCUGAAACACCUUGGGCCACCUUCACCUUAUCUCCCUCACUGGACACGCACAAGGUAAAAGAAAAAAAAACAGUGUAAGAAAUGCUAUAAAAUAUUAAGCAUAGGGUACAAGAAAAGUAGCCACCUUUGCAACCACGCACACUUACCUGAAGUAGCGUUUCUGGCUGUUGUUUUUUUCCAUGGCAUCCAGCGAGCCCAUACCUCUAUAUUUCUUCAAGCGCACACCAUCCGAGAAGAAAUAUUCUCCCGGAGCUUCAGUGGUCGCAGCAAGCAAUGACCCCAUCAUCACUAAGGACAGACAAAUAUAAGAUUUUUUGGUACAACACUGCAAAGAAAGAAAAUAAUGUAACACUUGAGGAUACGUUGGAAUUGUAGUUCUCUACCCGUAGAUGCUCCCAGGGCCAGGGCUUUUACCACGUGUCCAACAGUCUGAAUGCCUCCAUCAGCGAUUACCGGCACACCAAAACGCCGGGCAUACUCUGCAACCUUAUACACUGAAGUACCUUGGGGUCGUCCACAUGCCAUCACUGAAGACCAAAGCAGUAAUAUCUUGUGUUAACAGCUGAUUUUUCCAUUGUUUUCCAAUCUUUCUUGUCUGACAUUCACAGAACUUGACUCUUCAGUAAUACCUUCCUGAGUGAUACAGAUGGAGCCACACCCCAUGCCCACCCUCAGUGCAUCCACGCCAGCAUCUAUAAGGUUUUUAGCCUGAGCAGCUGUCACCACUAGAGAGAGACAAACACACAGAGAAGAGCUCAGUUGUAGGAAACAGGUGUAGUAUGUUAAAAGAAGAAGACUUCAUGUGUUAGUUGUGGUUAGACCUGACGGAGCCCCUCUUUCCUGUUAUGAGCACACACCCACUGAGACUGCCUCAGUGAGAUUCAGUAACCCAGACUCUUAUCACACUCUCUGUUGCAGUUUCUCCUCACUUUACAAAGACCAGUAAUAAAAUAUAAAAAAAACAGCUGAUAGACUCAAGAUCCUUUAUUGAUUCUUAUGAUAAAACAUGAAAUUUCCAAAACAAAAGAAAGCAUGCUCACCAUUUCCUCCCACUACUUGUAGUUCAGGAUAUUUUUGUUUGAUGUAGUUUAUCGUGUUGAUCUGAUAAACUGAGUUUCCUUGAGAGGAAUCCUUUAAAAUGAAACAAAACACAAAAACAAAACACUGAAUAGAGAAGCAAUACUUUAAAUCAGAGAUGACGCACCCAGAGGGUAAAAUUUGUUGCUGAUCUAUAGAGGUAAAAGGUACAAAAGAAUAACACACUAGUCAAGCUAAGAUAAUCAUUCAUCAUAGAUUGCUGGUUUGUUUUGGCUUGUACUGUCAUUUUACAGAAUUAAACUCUCACAGCUAAUGCUUAACUCAGUAUAGCCAAGAUGCUACAGUCAACACUAGCACCUGCAGCCAUCGGUAAUGAUCCAUCAGUGGUUGAUGUUAGAAUAACUCAGUGUACAAACCUUAAAAUAGCAGUAAUUAUCAGAAACAAAAUCCAAAGCCCUCCUGUGUCAAUAGGCUGAACAUCUUUGGCUGACAUCAAAUUUGCAUAAUAACCACCAAAAGCUUAAUCAGCCCACAGUCCACACCUACCAGUACCACCACGUCCACCCCAGCUUGAAUGAGCAGCUCCAGUCUGUAUUUGUCAUCCUCCCUUGUACCGAUGGCAGCUCCGCACAGAAGCUGUUUGCGUGAGUCCUUGGAAGCCAGAGGAUAAUCUCUGUUCUUUUUCAAGUCAGUCCUCGCAAUGAUGGCAACCAGUUCAUCACUGUCGUUAACGAUGGGAAGCUUACCUGGGAGAGCCAAACAAAAACAAAGCCUGAGUGUUUAAGUGAGUUUAAGCGUCUGCCUACCAGCUGUGUGACUUAGUUCACUGAGAUUGACCUUUUUUGCUACGUUGCAGUAUGUCAUUAGCUUCUUUUAGAGUGACCCCAGCAGGUGCAACAACCAAAUCUUCCCUUUUAGUCAUUGCCUAAAAGAAGAAAGUGUAUAAGUUUACAUAGAGACAAUUUAUUUGCUUUGUUUGUAAGGUCUUAAGACACAAAUCCUUAUGAAUCAGUUUUACACCCACCUCCUCCAGGGGUCUGUCAUGGUCCUUCUCAGACAAAAAGUCUAUGUCUCUGGAGGUCACGAUACCAACAAGCUUGCUGCCCAUCUUGCCAGUCUCUGUGACAGGGAUCCCUGAGAAACCAUGGCGUAUCUUUGCCUCAAACACAUCCCCGACUGUGUGCCUGGGACUCAUUACCACUGGGUCUGUGAUAAAGCCCUGCUCAAAUUUCUGUGAAGGACAAAAAAAAGUGAUUAUUUUGACUGGUGAUGUUUGAUUCUAAAAAAUAAAAAUACUUCAUGCUCUUUUAAAUUUUGUUCAUCUUACCUUGACCUUGCGAACCUCAUUGGCCUGAAACUCUGCAGUACAGUUAUGAUGAAUUAUUCCAAUCCCGCCCAUCAGCUGAAACCAGCCAAUCAGAGAAAGGAAAAUCAACAACAGUGGAAAAGUACACAAUUGUUGACAGAAGUGCUGACUAUCUGAAGUGGAGGAGAAUGGUGCUAAGCCAAGACUGACUCUUAGAAACGCUGCACAUGCAUGUGUGUGCUCUUGUGCUAAGCUUGUACUCACUGCCAUGGCAAUAGCCAUAGAUGACUCUGUGACUGUAUCCAUGGGAGAUGAAAUAAGAGGGGUCUUCAGGGUUAUCUUCCUCGUCAAUGCAGAGGUUAGAUCCUGAAAAUAAAAAGAUAUAUGAUCUGAUUUUUGAUCUUCAAAGGUUAUUAACAUAAAUGACAAAGUAAAUCUGAAGUAAAACUGUGAUGAAAUUAGGAGUUUGUGCAUUGAAACUAGAAGAUUGAUCAGCAUUACUCAUUCAAAUGGCAUCUCCAGUGUUGCAGAUUUAGCACACGGGUAACUCACAGUAUUUGCUAAUGUAAUGUUAGGAUGUGUUUUUAAUUUGCUCUGCAUCGACCCACAGCUGAAGCCACUUCAGGCACAUUAGAGGCUAGUUUGUUGGAUUCACCUGCUGAGUAUUAGAUGGCUCAGGUGUGCAUCUGCUUGUAAACACUUGUUAUUGUGAUCCAGGCAUGAAAUUAAUUAAAUGUCCCGGCAGACUUUGCGAGGAAAAUUCAAAACAAGCCAAACAAAUAAACCUAUGCUCUAAGGAUCUCAACAAAGAGAUCCUUUUCUUUUACAAAGGUCUGGCAAAUUUUGUGAACAUUUGAAUGUUUAUUACAGUUUUUGGCUCUUUUUUCUACAAUACUCACCACUUCAUCAGACAUAAAAUCAAUGAAACCAGGGAGGAUCAGGAAGUCACUGCAAGUACAGACAUAAUAUAUCACUUUGCUUAUAAAAAUAACCAACAAUCAGUAUUUGACGAUCACAUAGCUGAAACUGUGCAUGUAACUGUUGAGCACUUAACCAUUCCUUUAAAGCAGCUACUAAGUUGACCAACACUCAGCAGACAUAAUCUGUCACCCUCUCAACCCUCUGCAUCAAUCCCCUGUACACUGAUAAACCCUGCAUAUAGCCUCCAUUAAGAGACAACAUCAACACCCACUGAUAUGUACAAUCCCACACACACACAGAUACACACACACUCUGCUUUUAAUGUCUGUGACACCACUCACUGUCAUCCUUGAUAGUAGUAUUACUCGUUCUAAUCCUCCAUAUAAAACCCAAGCACAUGUGUCAUCACUGAUAUUACUAAACAUCUAAUGGAAGACAUUGCAUAACGUUAAUGCACAUAUCUGUUGAUGCACAUGUGCACGUGUAUGCAUGAUCAUAAAUUUUUUUUUUUUUUUUUAGGCAUCUCUUACUUGUAUGUAAGUCCGUCGCCGAUUGAAAAGAGUUGUUGUGCUGUUAAUCCGUCUUCAGGAACAUAACCUGUGCCUCCGCUGAUCAGAUAGUCUGCCAUACUGAAACAAACAAACAAAAAACCCAAAAAUUCAAACAAAAUCUAGGGGAAAAAAAGUUUAAAAAAGUCAGUUUCAUGUUAAAUGUUAAUAUGACAUUGGAUUUUUGAUCCUCUUUUAACACCAUGUCUCCCAAAGUCAUAGCUCCAA